GAUGCGAUGUCCCAACGGCGGGACCGGGACAAGCGUACCAAAAAUAGUGCUCGUUACGGCAACAGCACGUACGACGUGGAAGUGCAUGGCGAAAGCAGCAGCACUCCGAUCAGAAGUUUCGUCAACGAAAACCUGUAUUCGCCGCUGUACGAGAUGAACUACUACCAACAGCAAAAGAAGUUUGCCUCCAACAACGGCUAUGAAACAAAAACUCGAUCCUGGCAAGAAACCAACGAAGACAUCUCCUCUCGUAUGAUGGCCGCGUCGUCGAACUCGCCUCCUGUCGUCCCCAAAAGAGAUUACCGGCACCGGACACCGUCACCGACGGUCAGAAGACAGGUGAGGCAAUACCAGUGGCAGUUGGACGGUGCGGACGACGACGAGGUGGUGGACCGAGACGACGGUGACGACAGCAACGACCACCAACUACAGUACAACGAUCCAUCGACCGGAAACGUGAACGACAUGCAAAUGGUGGCGUAUGGCUCGCCGUACGGGCGACACCAGUUCCGUGUGCCAAAUAGGCAAGCGUCGGCUAGCCUGCAGAUGUAUGAGCCGAUAUAUAGUAUGAUGUACAGCGGCGUACCGCCAAUGUGGCCAGCUGGUCAAGCUCGUCAUCAGCGCCCUUCGGUCUCACAGUCGGCCGCCAUUUACCUACCGUUUCCGCUGCCGAUCGGUUUCCUGCCAGCGCCGGCCAUGUCGUCCUCCUACCCUCCUCAUCCUCCUCCACCGCUUGCCCCUCUACCGCAGUUCCCUCUCACACUACCUCCAUCACUGCCGAUGACGAAUAUGGAUUUUGAGAUGUUCACUUACAAAUACGGCAAGAAAAGACCGCCGAGGAAGAAGAAGAAAAGACCACGAAGUCUAGAUCGCAUGAUGGCGCCUCCACCGCCACCUUUUCUGCCCCCUCCACAGAAUAUGCCACUGCAGCUGCUGCCGCUUCCGCUUGCACCCAUCCCGCUUCCGGCAUCUCCAAGUAUUGAAGAGGACAGUACUAACGCGUUGCCGCAACCACCACCGCCGCUGUUCACCUCCAGUGCUGACGACUACGUUUCGCCACUACCGUCCACGUCCCGCUACAGCAGCCAACCAGCGAAUCCCGUGGUGCUGCCGAUGGGUCAGAACUUCCCUGCGAAACGCGAUUCACCUCCCCACGAAUACAGUACGCUUGUUCAAUGCGACAGCAGAGUUCCAACCUCUCGGACACAACCACCGGUCUCUUUGAAGACGAAAAAUAACGUGAUGAACGGAAGAGGAUACACAACAAGCACCAGUUCGUCGAAGGUCUCGCAUAAAACGGGGCAGCUGAAGAACCCGUUGUAUCAUAUGUGCUGUCGGGAUCUGACGCAAGUUCUGUGGAUUAUCGUUGGUAUCAUCAUCAUCGGUGUGAUCGUAGGACUGAUUCUAGGGCUGACUUUGGUAUGA